AUGAAAUGGCUUGGAGUCUUUGGGCUUGUAGCCCUCUCGGAGUGCUUGGUAACAAUUCCCCUGAUGAAAGUUAAGUCCAUGCGAGAAAACCUGCGGGAAAGCCACAUGCUGAAGGACUACCUGGAGAAGUAUCCACACAGCCGCGCCCACAUGCUUCUUGAGCAGCGACAGAAGCCAGCAGUACCUUACGAGCCCAUGAGAAACUACCUGGACCUGGUCUACAUUGGCAUCAUCAGCAUUGGCACACCCCCUCAGGAGUUCAAGGUCGUCCUGGACACUGGCUCUGCUGACCUGUGGGUGCCAUCCAUCUACUGCACCAGUCCAGCCUGUGCUCACCACAAGGUCUUCAACCCUCUGCUCUCCUCCACAUUCCUGGUCUCUGGCCGGCCUGUGAACGUUGCCUAUGGCUCAGGACAGAUGUCAGGAUUUCUUGCCUAUGACACUGUGAUGAUUGGGGGCCUCACAGUUGUGGCCCAGGCCUUUGGCCUGAGCCUGGAGGAGCUAGGCAGUUUCAUGAAAUAUGCAGUCUUUGAUGGCGUCCUAGGGCUGAGCUACCCCAGCCUCAGCCUUCAGGGAAUCACACCUGUCUUUGACAACCUGUGGACACAGGGCCUCAUUUCCCAGAACCUCUUUGCCUUCUACCUAAGCAGCAAGGAUGAGAAGAGCAGUGUGCUAAUGCUGGGCGGAGUGGACCCCUCCUACUACAGUGGAGAGCUUCACUGGGUGCCCGUGUCCAAACCUGGCUACUGGCAGUUAGCCGUGGACAGCAUCUCCAUGAAUGGGGAAAUCAUCGCCUGUGGUGGUGGCUGCCAGGGCAUUAUAGACACAGGGACCUCCUUGCUGACUGGCCCACGUAACUCAAUCCUCAAUAUCCAGAAUCUCAUCAGUGCUGAGGCUUCCAAUGAUGAGUAUGUCCUCAACUGCAACUCCAUCAACACCCUAUCUGACAUAGUCUACACCAUCAGUGCUGUUACCUACCCGGUGCCAGCCAGUGCCUAUAUCCGGAAGGACAAUUCACACCAUUGCUAUAGCAACUUUGAAGAAGGCAUAAAUGACCAAUCUGACCCCGAGAUCUGGGUGCUAGGGGACGUUUUCUUGAGGCUGUAUUUCACCGUGUUUGAUCGGAAGAACAACAGAAUUGGCCUUGCUCCUGCCUUGUGAAUGCUGGUCCUCCUCAGGGAGUGGCCAGGCAUACCCUAACUUAGACUCAAAGGCUAGUGGGG